AUGGCUGACUCAAGAAUACCCCAUGGAGGUGGGUAUCUCCCCGGCCAUGUUUCACCGGUCUCAUCAAACACGGCUCCUGCUCACGGUGGAGACUUCGAUCCUGCAAACAGAAAUGCCCAAACACAGCCUCACUCGAGCAUGAGCUCUUACCCGCCUCCUCAGCCAUCACAAGCCCAAUAUCAAAAUAGCUAUGUUGCGCCAACUUCAAACACGCAAUUUGCUCCCACGAGCCCUCCCCAGUCACAAGGCCACCCUAUGUACGGCAGUCCAUAUCCCACAUCAAACACGUAUCAAAGCCCGCCACUUUCUGGCCAACAGUUUCCAUAUCAGUCCCCAUAUCCCGCUUACACUCAAUACGGCGCGAACAAUUACUAUCAGAACCAAUAUCCACCGAGUCAAAUGCUUUAUAUGGGAACUCCGCAAACGGUUCAAGCCGCGCCGGUAGCACCCAAGAGAGAAGGUCGCUGGGUAAAGAUGUUCCGACGAAGGGGUGAUGAUGCCGAGAAAGGUACUUUCAUUAAUACGGCAGAAAGGGCGGUGUCAGAUGAGCAGUAUGACUCUUACGGUCCGAAGCGUGAAAUUCCGCUGAAAGGGUACCUUCACAUCUUCAGCGGCAAAAGCUCCAUCCAAUUCAAACAUCCUCACUUCUAUAAACCAUCCCAAUGGGUAUAUGGCGGGACGACAACUUACCGAAACAAGGACUCUAUGUUGAGAUUCCGGGAAGGCAAGCUCGAUGACAGAUACAUUUCUCCGUUCAAUGGCCGUACGGAAAAACUCACUGUGCAAGCGGUAGACACUAUCUAUGAUGAUUCGUCUAGCCAUGCAACAUGGAACCGUACUUUCGUUCGCAACAUCAGCCCCUUCCAUCUACGUAUUGCCAAUUGGCCUGCAAGUCACAUCCCAUAUGACGCGGAAAAGGUGACGAAGGCACAAUUAGCUCUCGCAUUACUGAAAUACCUACCUGCUGCGAUGGCUCUGAUACUAGUGAUCAGUUUCCCAGGAAAUGUGGAAGGCGAAGUUCGUAACGGGGGUCGUUACGAUUGCUUUCCCUACAAAUUCCACGGCUACUCCAAGGUGGCACGAAAUUUACUCGAAGAAAAAGCGGCGAAAAAGCACACAGACCAUGCACCUCAAAAGACAAAUCCGGUCUCUAAUCGUCUUUUACAUCCACGCUACCUUUGUGUGAUUCGAGACCUAGCCUCACCCACCUUCGGUGAGGUUGAUAGAGUGUCUGUGGAUGAUUGGAUCGCCGAGAACCAAUCCAGCAAGGGGCCGUUGCCAUACCUUUUCAUAUCCUACUUUACCGGCCAGUUUCCGAGCGAAUCUCAGAGCCACUGUCAAUUGCUUCUUGACAUCGCUGAGACUGCCGCUCGAGCCGAAGGUCUCUCGGCCUUUUGGAUCGGCUGUUCCUGUAUGCCAGAUCCUGAUCAGGUUCAGGACGACGUCUUCCGUCUUAGCGAUGUCAUUCGUGGAGCCAAGGCAGUAGCAAUCAUUGUCGGACCUCACGCGAACCACGACCCUCGAAUUCCCUUGCCAACGAGAGACAGCAUGUUACGACAGUGGGGGGAGCGCCUCUGGACAUUUCCGGAAGUGCUCCUCAGUCCCGCUGGCAAACCUAUCGUAGUCUACACUGCAGCUGAUUUAGAAAGAGGCUACUCGUCUCCGCUUGUCCUAGAAAAAAACCAACUCGCGCCAUUAGUUUGGAAGGACCAAAACGCAUCUCGGCAGCUCAUCGACCAUUACGAGGGCAAUCUCAUCCUCAGCAGGCUAGAGUUAGUCACACUCGGCUUGCAGUGUCUGUAUUCACGACAGCACGGCAAAUACAUGGAGGGAGAUCACUCAUAUGCUUUGAUGGGACUCCUUCGAGUGCGACCGGAAGUGGAUCGGACGGAUAGUGAUUUUCAGGCCUUUGCAAGACUUUCCCUCGCAAAUGAUAGCGAUCUCCUCCUCGAACGCCUAGCUUGCAUCUUACCUAAGAAUCCAACGCAGGCAUGGCACAACAUGGACGAUGCAUACGAAGUCAAUCUCUGGGACAUAUACCCAACGUGCCAGAUCGCUGGGAUCGGCGAAGACAAUACAAUCAUCGUAGACGGUGCCCGAGGCGCGAACGUCCGCUGGAAGUCCUUCGCCUCGGUGAACGUCCGCCGUCGCUGGUCUUGGACUCGAUUACUCGUCCGGCUCAUGCUUCACACUGCAUCGCUCGCCGUGCUUAUUGGUGGUAUCCUGCUCUGGAUUGCCCAUCGGCUCAAAAAGGAAGAGCAUUGGCUCGCGAACAAAUACACGCUUCCAUUUGCCAUUGAUUCUGAUGACCGCGAACAAAGAACAUUUGAACUGAUUCGGUACUUGGUACGGCUCAUCAUAGAUGACCGCGUCAUCAAAGGCUGGGGUAUCGUUUUCGUUCUCUACUCCGUGCCGAUGUUGCUCGUGGCUCCAAAACUCAUCCACACGCUGUAUGGGGGCAAGCUAUGGAAUACUCAGCCUUGGCUCUUUGGCUUCGAGGGAUAUCUCCCAGUCGACCAAAUCGAAGUUCUCAUCUUUGGAGAUCGAAAAUGUCGACUCCGAUGGCAUCCCUUCGGCUCUCCGCUCUCACGCCAUGAAGUUGACAACGAGUACGAGGAUGGCCAUUGCAUCCCUGUUGACCCGACCACGCAUGCAGAUGUGCGGGAUCUGGUUGAGAGAGCGAAGAAGAGUCAAUUGGGGGAACAAAAGAUCUUCACUCUCGUCGACACGAACACCAUGACAGUCACGCUCUUCGAAGCCGCUCGGCCUCCCGUUUGCUUCCUGCUUCUCGGCAGCGAAGGCGGCAUGCAACGCGCUGUCGGCUGCAGCUACGACUGGACGAGUGGGACCCUAUACCGCGAAACUGUGUUGCGCAUGGAGACGUCGUGCAAAGAUAAGAUGGAUCUAGUGUCACGGGCUAGGAUAUCACUAGAGAAGAAGACGAAGGGUCCAAAACCCAGUCCUGCUCCGCCGAAGCCGAAAGGUAUCAGGCGGAGGUCUGGGAAACCAUCUCCACCCUCUGUUUCUACGCGGACGUUGUAG